UAUACAUAUAUAUCAAAAGCAUAAACAAACGUAUCAAGAAAGGCUAUGGAGAUGCGAGAGGUUUUGAGUCGCGAGGGACGCGAAGCAAAGAACUUGCUUGUCUACCAGUUUUGCGAUGAGACAACCGCAAGUGGCGUCGGCGCAGGCAGCGGCGCGGGCAGAGACGGCGGCGUUGUAGUCAAUGGUGACUGCUAUCCAACGCCCACAUGCCGCAAGCCGCCGAUGGCGCCGCCGAAAUCUCCAAGUGGCAUCCAAACACCCAAACACUGCCAAUCGCCGACGACGACGGCUACGACGACCAAUGUGACACGAUCCAAGCCGGGCAACGCCGGUCUAGCUGGCUCGACUGGACCGCGCGUCCGCAGCGCCUCGACCGGUCGGGAUAAGAAGUCGGAGCUGCAGGCACGCUACUGGGCGCUGCUCUUUGGCAAUUUGCAGCGUGCGGUCAACGAGAUCUAUCAGACAGUCGAAUGCUAUGAGAACAUAUCCAGUUGCCAGGAGGCGAUCCUUGUGCUGGAGAACUAUGUGCGUGACUUUAAGGCACUCAGCGAAUGGUUCAAAGUUAGCUGGGACUAUGACUCGCGACCACUGCAGCAGCGUCCCCAAAGUCUUGCCUGGGAGGUGCGCAAAAGCAAUCCCACACCUCGAGUACGCACUAAGAGCCUCUGCAGUCCCACUACGUCGGGUAAAUCGAGUCCGGCGCUCUUUCCUUGCAAUUCGGGCAAAACGUCGCCCUGUUGCGAUGGCCAUGUGACGCCCAAGAAGCUGCUGCGCGCCUACGAUCAAUUGCCACGCGGUGCAAUGCGCGUGAACGUGCGGGAAUUGUUUGCAGCGAAUAAGCAACGCAAUGCACGCGGCUCGCCCAAUUCGGAUGUGCAGGAGGUGACGACUCCACAACUGGAUUUGCCUGAGGACAAGCCGUACGUGCAGCUCAACACACAAUACUCGCAAACGGAUUUGGAAGAUCCGCAUUUGACACUUGCGGAUGUGCGCGAGAAGAUGGCCAGGGAGAUGGCCGAAAGGGAGGCAGCAGCGGCAGCGGCGGCGGCUAGAGAGGCAGCUCAGCUUGAGGCGGCGGAAAGGGAGAAAGCAGAGAGGGAAUUAGCUGCAAGAGACGCAGCUGUCAGAGAAAAGGCUCAGAAAGAGGCGGCUGAGCAGGAGGCAGCGCAGCGAAAAGUAGCUGGAGAGGAAACCGCUGCAGAGGAGCUCUCAGAUUUGCCAGCAGUUCAGCCAGCUGCUCAGCCAGCAGCUCAGCCAGCAGCAGCAGCAGCUGAGUUCAAUGCUCAACAGGCAAAGCAGCAGGUAUUAAUCGAAACCGUGCAACAGCAGCCGCAGCAGCUAUCAACUGCACCACUCCUGGCUGCCGAAGAGCCCACAGCAUUGCAGCUGACAGUCUGUCGCUUGGAUGCCAUGGAGAAUGCCUUGCUGAAUGCGCAGUCCAACAAACAGCCAACACCGCCAAACACAUUGCUAAAGCCUGUCGCUGCCAUUCCCGAGAAGAAGCAGCCAAUGCAGCAGCUCAGCAGUGCGCAAACCGUGCAGAAUAGUCCUUUAAAAUACUCCAGUGUGCUGAAUCGUCCCGUUGCCAUGCGUGGCAGCAAUCCAAAGGUAAAUGUGCAGCCAAACGUAGCAGCAGCAAACAGCAAAUUGGCUAACAGCAAGGCAGCAGCUCUAACUAAGGCAGCGGCGCCAAUCAAUGGACUGCGUCGCAGCAACAACAACACGAACAAUAAUGCUAAGCCCUUUGCUGCGCGCAGCGGGCGUUUGGCUGCGGCUCAGCCACCGCCGCGUCCUGCCAGCAAAACGGAGUGCUAUGGGCCGCCGAACAAUGUGGCUACUCGACUGUCGGCUCGAUCGCGCACCAUGCUGGACAUGAAUGGCAAUGCGGUAGCUGCAGCAGCAGCUGUGAUGCCUAGGCCAAGUCUGUCGAAGCGCGUGGGCAGCUCGCAGCUAAGCAUAUCCACGACUGGUGCAUCGAAUCCCAAUCUGGGCAAGCGAGCAAGUGCGCCCAGUGUACGUCUGAGCUCUCGCGAGGACAUAGCCAGCUCGACGUCGACUCUGAAGGCCAGCAAUGAGCAGCUGAGCAGCUCGAGGAGCACACUGAAGCUGGAGGAAAGGCAUUCAGAGCCGAAGCAGAUGCUGGAUGCGAAUGAUGGUUGGCACACGGUCAAGAAUCGUAGACGCACAAGCAUGCACUGGUCGAAUCGUUUCAACCAACCCACAGGCUAUGCCAGUCUGCCUACCUUAGCGCUGCUGAACGAGCAGAAGGAGGAAAAGGACAAACAGCAGCGGGAGAAAGCGGCAGCAGCCGCAGCAGCCGCAGCAGCAGCAGCAGCAGCAGCUGCCAGCAAAGCUGGCCAAGCCAGCAGCAAGUCGAAAGCCACAGCAGCUGACACCAAAGCUAAAGCCGCGAAGGCAGCCAAAGUGGUGGCGCCACCAGCGCCCAGGCCAGAGAUAAAGAAUGCCAAAGCCAAGGUCAACUCUUUCCCAGCUCAGCGGGCAGAGAGGGAGAAGGAAAAGGAGAAGGAAAAGGAAAAGGAAAAGCUAAAGCCAGCAACUGCCUUAAUGCGCAGCAGCAGCAAUUUCAUUCAGAAUAAAGCUGCUGCCUCCGUCAAUGCUCGCACCACCAUUAUCAAGCGACAGAAAUCGGAUCUCACGGGACUUAAGAUGACCUCGCUGCACAAGGAGUACAUGCGCAGCGAGAAGAAUGCGCUGCGCAAGCAGCAAAAGGAGCAACAGGAGCAGAGCUUGGGCAACAAUGCCACAGCCACUGAUAAUGAGUCUAAUAACGAUGACCACAACAAGAUCGACAUCAAGAUCCAGACGAACUGUGAGUUCUCCAAGACCAUAGGAGAGCUGUACGAGAGCAUCGCCCGUUGUAAGCUGCCCAACGGAUGUGUGAAACCCGAUGCCAGCCUGCUGGCAGCUUGCGAUGAGAUCGAGGAGCAAACAGCCGAGGAUGUUGAGGAGGAGCGCAACGAACGUAUCCUUGUGGAAGUGCAAGAGUCGCUGGAGCGUCAAAUACGCGAGCUGGAGAGCACAGAGAUCGACGUGGAUACCGAAACGGAUGAGACAGAUGGCGAAGUGCAGUUGGAGGAGCAGGACGACAGCACGGAUCAAGCGCUUGACGAUGCCGUCGUCUUUGUCACGAUGAGCGAUGAUGAGAACGCGAGCUUGGAGCUGCGCUAUCAAGCCUUGCUCUCCGAUAUGUCCUGGAACGAACGUGCCGAAGCGCUGGCCACACUCCAGGCUUAUGUUGCACGCCAUCCUGGGCGCGCACAGGAACUGCAUCAGAAGCUGUCGUCGCCAUCGCGUCGUCGCUCGCUGCAGGAGACUCUGAAGAAGUAUCAGGCCAAGCAGGCCAGGGCACAGCAAAAGCGCGCUUUGCUGCAGCAAGAGAAGGCAGCGAAGCUGCAGCAGCUCUUCGUGAGGGUCGAGGAUGUCAAAGCAGCUAAGAAGCAGCUCAUUGAGGAUAAGCGCCAGAAGAUGGAGGGCAGACUGCAACGCGCUGCCGAGAAUCGGGAGCUAUAUCUAAGGCAGAUCAUUGAGAAGGCGCACGACGAGGACAAAAAGCUGAAGGAGAUUAACUUCAUCAAGAAUAUCGAAGCGCAGAAUAAGCGCCUCGAUUUACUCGAAGCCUUCAAGGAAACCGAGGGACGGCUCCAGGAUCUCGAGCAGGAGCGUCAGAAGCGCGUCGAAGAAAAGGCCGCCAAGGAGGCAGCUGUCGAGCGGCGUCGCCAGGCAUUGGAAAAGGAGCGUCUGCUCAAGCUGGAGAAGAUGAACGAGACGCGGCUGGAGAAGGAGCAACGCAUCGGCAAAAUGCAGGAGCAAAAGGAACGACAACGUCAAGCGUUGGCCCGUGAGAAGGCACGCGAUCGCGAGGAGCGCCUGCUCGCUCUCCAGGUGCAACAGCAGCAAACUACAGAGGAGCUGCAGCGCAAGAUCCUACAAAAGCAGCUCGAGUCUGCACGCCGGCACGAGGAGAACAUCGAACACAUUCGACAACGAGCUCUCGAGUUGACCAUGCCCAGCACACGGCAGCAGGACGAUGCGCGGGGCGACGACGAUGCGGAGCUGCUCAAUGGCAACACCACCAGCACCACCAACGAGGACUGCGAUCUGUCGUCCACAUUUUCCGACAUCGGCGGCGUGGCGGGCAGUCGCGAGCAUUCGCGCAGCUACAAAAAGAAAAUGAAGAAGCUGAAGCAGCGCAUGAAUCAAUGUGCCGCUGAGUAUCUCGCCACCUUAGAGGCUGUGCCCGCCCAUGUGAAGCGGGACAGCUGUGUGCCCAAGCUCUUGAAUCUGGUCAUGAAGGGCGGUGGGUCGCAGGGCCUGGAUCGUACGCUGGGCAACCUGUUGCGUGUGAUACCCAAGGCGCAGACUUUCGACUUCCAGGCGUUCCUCAACCUGGACGGACUUGGAGUGUUGACCAACUAUGUGAUUAGCAAGGGUCUGGAGGACAAUGCUGAGAUCUCUAAGAAAUCUGUUACACUUGCCGUCCAGCUCUAUCGGAAUGCGUGCUCCGUUUGUCCACAGAUAGCGCGUCAUGCGCUGCUAGGCAACUCCAUAGCCACGCUCUUCGAUGCCAUCAGUAGAAGUUUUCAGUUACCCGAAGAAAAAUCACCACAACAUCCGGUCGAGUUAUCCACGGAGCUAAUGCUGGCAUGCACCGAGGCGCUAUCAUCGAGCUAUGUGAAGAAAAACACCCACCCUAAAGUACCGGAACGCCUACCGGACAUGAUAAACUAUGCCGUAAUCACUGGACUAAUUGGGAUGCUGUCGCGCCGUUGCAUGAAGGUGCGCGAGUCCAUUGAGCAGAAUCAGAGCGUCAUGUUGAGCCUGUUGACCACGUUGGGCUUCCUCACGCGCUUCAUUGAUGUUUGUCCGCCCGGUCCUGGCGAUCCGACACGUCUGCUGAGCGCAGCCAAGUCCACCGAGCUCUUCGGCACCAUUGCCAUGCUCUCCGGCUGCAUGGUGCCCAUAGGUGAGUGCAUUCCGCCGCGCACGACCGCGUUGGCGGCAUCGACUUUUAAUCUUUUCGUCUCGCUGGCUUCGGUGGAUGCGAACAGUUUUCAGGAGGUGCUGUCCGUGGAGGGUCCUUUGUCGGUGAAGCUGCUGGACGUGAUGAGCCUGAUACUUAAGCACAGCGUGAAUCAGACAACUGCCAAUUCCAGUGCCGAGAGCUCCACGAUGCUCAUCGAUUUGAUAGCAUCAUUGGCGUUCUUCAGUGUGAACAAUAGACGGCACCAGGAGCUAUUGAUAACGGAGCCGUUUGCGGUGAUCUUCAAGAAUUUGUCCAAGCUGUCGACACAGUUUAAUCCGGUCAUUUAUCCAUUUUUGGUGACCAUGUGCUACAACAAUGCCCCGGCCCGGCAGCUCAUAUCACGCGACUUUGAUCUAGGGUUUCUCGAUGAAUACAGCAGAUCGGAUGCGGCCAAGCGCAAUCGCUUAAUACAAAUGAUGCACGACAAAGGCAGCAGCGGCAACGGCAGCGGCAGCAGCAACAACAAGAACAACAACAACAAUAACAACCAGCAAAAGUAGAGCAUCUGUCUCUAUCUGGCUUUAGCUACAGCCAGCUCUGCCAUCUCCCUCUCUAGCCCUCUCUCUCUGUGUGUCUGCCGCCAAGUGAUAUUAUUUUCAAAGAAAUCAACUCGAAACAUUCGAAACAAGUGGAAAAACUGCUUGGAAAAUGCAAAUGGAUUUACACAUAUUUUUACAAUAAUUUAUAAUCAAUUGAUAUCUCCAUAU